CCAUUUUGUUUUCAGUGCUAUAAUAAUACCCUCAACAGAUUAGAAACCACAGCUCAUACUUUCCCAUAUCCCAAAAGACCAACACAGAGAAUCUAAAACCCAAAAAAUGUACAGAAGGUGAAUAUUUCAUUCCUUACGAUCCAAUCCACCUCUUAUUCCCCCUUUCCUCUUCGAAUAUUUCAUGCAUUUCCAUGCUCCAAAUUCUUCAGUAAACUUCAAAUUACACAAAAAUGAAAGUGAAAGAUACAAUGAGUAAGAGCUUACUCAUUUUGGCAGUGUUCAUUUUGUUUCUCGUUGCUUCUUUGUUCUAUACUGGAAAAAUCGAUUACAGAUCAAGCUUUUCGCUAUUCGAUUCCUUACCCGGUAAAGCGAAGCCCUGUUUCACUGGAUCGGAGCCUCUCAAGGUAUACAUGUACGAUCUAGAGAUGAAAUACAAUGUGGGUUUGUUGAAGGGCUCGCAUUAUAAUGCGGCUCCUGUGACGAUCGAGACAUUGCCUAAGUGGCCCAAAUCCACGGGUUUGAGGAAACAGCAUAGUGUGGAGUAUUGGAUGUUGGCUUCAUUGCUCUAUGCAGGUGAUGAUGAAAAUGGAAAUGGGCCCACCCGAGAGGCUGUUAGGGUUUUGGAUCCGGAUUCCGCUGAUGUGUUUUUCGUGCCUUUUUUCUCUUCCUUGAGUUAUAAUACUUUCUAUAGACAUGGCAAUGAUUCAGAGGUCAAAUUUGAUGAUCAAUUGCAGGUUGAAAUUGUUGACUUCUUACAAAAAUCUGAACAUUGGAAGAGGUCUUCUGGCCGGGAUCAUGUGAUACCAAUGCAUCAUCCAAAUGCUUUCAAACGUUAUCGGGAGAAGGUGAAUGCUGCUAUCUUCGUUGUCGCAGAUUUUGGUCGCCCUCGUCCAACUGUGUCUAAUUUGAGGAAAGAUGUAGUGGCCCCAUAUGCACAUGUAAUUGAAACUUUUGUAGCUGAUGACAUUUCAGACCCAUAUGAGUCUCGUACAAUGCUUCUUUUCUUCCGGGGGAGGACAGACAGGAAAGAUGAAGGAAAAGACCGUCAGCAAUUGAAAGACAUGUUAAGUGGUCAAAAAGAUGUUGUCUUCGAAGCAACAGGAAUCUCAGGGGAAGGUGUAAAUGCAUCAACAAAUGGGAUGCGUUCUUCGAAGUUUUGUCUAAACCCAGCAGGUGACACACCCUCAUCUUGCCGCCUGUUUGAUGCUAUAGUUAGCCAUUGUGUUCCUGUAAUUGUAAGUGAUAAAAUUGAGCUACCUUUUGAGGAUGAACUAGACUACACCAAGUUUUCAAUAUUCUUCUCACGUCAGGAGGCAAAGAAAGAAGGAUACAUGCUUGAUCAACUCAGGAGCGUUUCAAGAGCUAGAUGGCUUGAAAUGUGGAGCUAUCUUAAGAACAUUACCCAUCACUUUGAGUACCAGUACCCUCCAAAGAAGGGUGAUGCUGUAAACAUGAUAUGGAGGCAGGUGAAGCACAAGCUUCCUGCUGCAAAACUUGAUGUACAUAGGAAUAGGAGGCUGAAAGUGCCAGAUUGGUGGAGAUAGUGCUUGAAGCUUGCUGGUAUAAUACUGUACAUUUGUAUACAUAGGCAAAAAUCCCUUAAGGGGAACCCUGAAUUGAGCAAAGAUAGCGACAAUCACGGCAUCAGGAUUAUUGGAACAGUUUUAACACUAGUUGAACAUUUCUUUUAAGAUUUCUUUUUUAUCUUUUCCCUGUGGAGACUGAAGGUUACUUGUUUUUUCCAAGGCAAAAUUACCUUAUCACCCCCCUAAA